AUGUAUCAGAGUUGGCACAUGAAUCCAGAUGUUUCUUACUUCAGAGAAGAAGUAUCAGGCAAUCUAUGUCUGGCGCCUCCUCCUCCAGAACAGAUGCCUUGUGAAAUACCCUGCCGAAUGGAUUGUGUGGUUAGUGAGUGGACAGAAUGGUCAACCUGUUCCCAGUCCUGCUCUAAUAAAAACACUGAGGGGAAGCAGACUCGGACCAGAACUAUACUAGCAUUGGCAGGAGAUGGUGGAAAACCAUGUCCUCCUCUUCAGUCCCUACAAGAAUAUCGUUUGUGCAAUGAUCAUUCUUGUACACAUUUCUAUUGGGAGACAUCACCUUGGGGUUCCUGCUCUGAAGAUGCCCUGGUAACAGCCCUUAAUGCAACUAGUACCUGGAAUGGAGAAGCCACUUGUGGUGUGGGCAUUCAGACUCGCAAGGUUUUUUGCAUGAAAAAUCACAUGGGGCAGGCCAUGAUUAAAAGAUGCCCAGAUUCUACCCGACCUGAAACAGUCCGUCCUUGUCUCCUCCCAUGCAAAAGAGACUGUGUUGUGACACCUUUCAGUGAAUGGACUCACUGUCCCAUUUCAUGUCAACAAGAAAAUGGCACAUUAAUAAAACAGUCCAGAUAUAGGAUUGUCAUUCAAGAGGCUAUGAAUGGAGGACAAGAAUGUCCAGAUACCUUGUUUGAAGAAAGAGAAUGUGAAGAUGUUACAUAUUGUCCUGUAUACCGUUGGAAGCCUCAUAAAUGGAAUUCAUGCAUUCUCGUGCCAGAAUCUGUCAGGCAAGGGCUGACGGUCCUCAAUGAAGCUUGUGGAAAGGGUUUACAAACAAGAGGUAAGCUGAUUUUUAAUCAACAUAUAUCCUGAAAAGUGAAUUGAAAAUAUAAUCUUUUUGAAUAUUUUAUCUGUUUUCAACAUAUGUGAAUAAAGAUGUAAUAAUAUUUAAUUGUUUCUUACAAGUUAUAUGUUUGCUUUGAGUUACAGAUAAAGUGUGAAGUUGUCUAAUGUUGAAAUUGAAUGGUUCUAUCAUAACCAGGAUAGGUAAUUAAGGAUUAAAAACAUAAAAUACCCAAAUAGCAAUUUAUUUACACACUAGCUAUUAACCAAUUAAUUCCAAUAAUGUCAAUAUUAGCAGAAUGGCUUUUCAUUUCAUUUG